CAUUCAACUAAAAACCAUAUUAUACUCUUUGCUAUCACUCCUAUAUUAGGCAGCUUGGUUCUUUUAGGUAUGUUUGCCAUCAUCAUUGCAGCUCUUUGUAGGAGAGGAAAACUUGUAGAGCAAAAGGAUAAUUAUGCUAUUAUUGGUGAUAUAUUCUCGAUAUUGAAUUUUGAUGGAAGAGUUGCUUAUGACUACAUCAUUGAUGCAUCUGAAAAUUUUGAUGAGAAAUAUUGCAUCGGGAGUGGAACAUAUGGUAAAGUUUAUAAAGUAGAACUUCCAAUGGAACAAAUGGUGGCUGUUAAAAAACUUCAUCUAAGGGAAGAAGUAUUUGAUGAGAAAAGUUUUGAGAGCGAGAUUCAAGCAUUAACCAAAAUUCGUCAUCGCAACAUUGUGAAACUUCAUGGGUUUUGCUCAAAUCCAGGUUGUAAAUUUCUUAUAUAUCAGUACAUCGAGAAGGGAAGUUUAGCUAGCAACUUUCGCAGUCAAGAAACAGCAGAGGAUUUGAAUUGGGAGAGAAGAGUUCGUAUUAUCAAAGAUGUGGCUCAUGCUUUAUCAUAUAUGCACCAUGAUUGUAAUCCAUCCAUAGUGCAUCGAGAUAUUUCUAGUAACAAUGUACUAUUAGACUCUGAUUUCAAGGCCUAUCUUUCGGACUUCGGCACUGCAAGAAUGUUAAGAUCUGAUUUAUCAAAUUGGAGCAUGCUAGCAGGCACAGUUGGAUAUACUGCCCCAGAGCUUUCAUACACAACAAAGGCGAAUGAGAAAUGUGAUGUAUAUAGCUUUGGCAUAAUAAUAUUAGAAAUAAUAAUGGGAAGGUAUCCGGGUGAUCUUAUCUCCUCUCUAUCAUCAUCAGACAUCCAGCAGAUGUUAUUCAUUGAUGUGUUAGAUCAACGUAUCUCACCUCCUACAGCUGAUAUGGUAAAAGAAGUGCUGUUGCUGGCUAUUAUAGCAUUUUCAUGCAUCCAUGGUACACCACAAGCACGACCAACCAUGCAAAGGGUAUCUCACUUAUUCAUAAGUGGCAACAUUCCAACUAUUCACGAGCCAUUCAAUUCAAUUAAAUUACAUCAAUUAGUGGAGUUUUCAAUAUAGAUGUAGUGCUUAAAAGCUACAAAAAUCUGAUGUAGCUCUUUCAUGUUGCAUGGUAUAAGUUUUUGUAACUCUAUUCUGUUUUUACAUUGUAGAGAUAGCAUCAUAUGAACCUCCACAUUAUUGUUCUCAUUCUC